UCGUCGUGUGAUUAAUUAUGUUUCAGAUAUAAUCACUGAUUUCGGAUACAAUAUAAAAUGUUGAUAACGCAUUGCCAAGUGUACUUGCAACUAGUGUAUAGGAUCGAAGGACCAUGAAGGCCUACGCAUUUGCCGUUUUGAUGCUCUUGGCUGGCGCCAGCGCCCUGCCUACACUUAGCGAGGAUGAACUCAGGCAACAGAGAGUGGUCGCUGGCAUCAUCGUCGAUCUAAUCAAUGGAUUGAGUGAAGCCAUCAGGGACCGAGGUCUUGACCCAUACCACCUUGGAUUUGCCGAGAGUUCCUUCGCUCUUUCCGAACCAGAAAUCCUCAGCGGCUAUGCUUUUGCGCGGGAUGUGAACCUGGUUGGCCUCAGCAACAUAAGAGUGAACGACAUCAACUUCUCAAUCCUCGCUCAGAGACUGACCAUUGACGUUUCUCUGCCAAAUCUCAAGGGCAGCGUUGGUGAAUCCGGUUUCGAAAUGAACUUGUUCGACCGUGAACUCGCGGGAAAAGCCAGUGGAAGUUUGGAAAUCGUUAACCUCGGUAUUAAAGCCGAUGUCAGGGUGUCAGUCGGUGCCAUCUCUGGUAUCACCGUUCGCAGUAUCGACUUGGACUUGUAUCUUGAUAAUGUUGUGUCUGAUUUGAACGUGAACCUCUUCGGCCGCGACCUCUCCGCCUCCUUUAACAACUUCUUCAACGGUCUUCCCGCCUUCGUAAAAGAGAACACGGUUUGUAUUUACUAAAUUACU